UUCACGGAAGAUUCUUGCACGGAGUUCGGCCUCUGUGGUGCGCUACCGUCGGGGGCCAGUACGCGGUCAUUGACUACCUCCUUUCCAAAGGAGCCAAUGUGAAUGGCAUUACCAGAUUCAAAAGCACUCCUCUGCGAGCAGCGUGUAUUCAUGGCCACCUCGAUAUUGCCAAACUUCUUGUGGAACACGGAGCCUCCACCGAGACUACUGAUCCAUACUCGUUCACUUGUCUGAUGCUCGCUGCUCACAACUGCCGUCUGGAAAUUGUGAAAUACCUUUUAGAAAUUGGCGUUGACGUGAACGGUAAGAGUAUAGACCGGGCAAAGCGCUUUGCAUGUGAGUGCGGAAAUGGGACAUAUUGAAAUAAUGAAAGUUUGCCUGGAUCACAGUGGUCAAAUGGAUGCCGACAUUUCUGAACUGAACGAUGAGGUUUCGAAUGCUGUAAUGUUCUGUGCUGAUUUGACUGACAAUAUACCAACUAUUUUUUCGUUUCUAGGAAGUACUCCUUUGAUUCUGGCGAGCUUUCAUUGCCACUUGGAAAUGGUAGAAUAUCUAGUAAGCAGAACAGACCUGAUAUCUGUUAAAGAGAAAGCCGAUGCAUUUGAGUUACUUGGAGCUUCGCUUUUUGACGAUAUGGAAGAUAUUGUCAGUGUUAUUCAGUACUGGAAAUCAGCAAUGAGUCACAGGUACGUAGAUGGUGUCCUGACUUAUCCAAAAUCCGAACUGAAUUUGGAAGGUCCUGCACACGAGGAGUUCAGAGAAGUCACCACCUUAGAGCAACUAGAGGCCCUAGACACUGACUUCGAGUCAGUCCAACGUCAGUCUCUCCUCGUGAAGGAGAGGGUUUUAGGACCCGAUCAUUUUAACACACUGCUAUAUAUCCGGGACGCAGGUCUCGACUACGAAAAUGACGGUGCUUUCAAGCAAUGCAUCAACCUGUGGGUUCACGCUAUCGAAGUGCAAUAUUUCCGGCUAAAACCACUCAACCACGCUAGGCUCUACCACUUCAGGUCAUUCUUGGGGCUGUUUUCAUCCCUGACGGACGCAGAGCAUGUAAGUAACUGGAAUUGUCAACCUAAGGAUUUUUUCGAUGAUAUUAUGUGUGUGUUUGAAAAAGGCGCGAGGGAAUUGAAUCUGGUUGUUUCCGAAUUAGAUCAAAGCGACAUUUCCGUGAAGCUAAAUGGAUCACACCUUAACGAGUGUGUUGCAAUCAUCAUGCAUUUAUUAGUAUCGUUAACAAUGUUACAGCCACAGCUCUCGUCCUCUCAGAUACACACUUUCAGGAGUGCGUUGUAUCAACUACUGAAGAAGGAUCAAAGGAAUGCAGCGGGUUGGAGCCUUCUCCACAUCGCCUGCAGUAGAAGCUUUAAGCUCAUGGACGGGUUUUCAGUGCCGGUGUCUAGCACUCCUAGAAAGACAGUCAUCGACCUCCUGCUGGACACCGGUGCAGAUCCUUGCGCCACCGACAAGGAGGGCAACACGCCCCUCCACACGCUUGCCAAAAAUGAGGAUUGCUCCAAGGGCAUGGUCGAGUCACUUUUGCGAGCCGGUGCUCACUUAGACGCCAUGAAUAGCCGAAGUUUCGUCAUCAUCAUGAAAAUGAGAAUGGGCCUUUUUCGAAAGGGUAGUUUUCUGACAGAAAGGAAGAUUCUGGAAUACGCCUUUGCCGAGUGCGUGGGGGAAUCGAGUACAUUGCGUCCACAGAGAAUGGUCACUCAGGGUAUAAUUCAGACCCUGGGUCCAAUCCAGGGUCGAGACCCAGGUCAAACAAUGCUAGAAAUGGUCGAGAUGGGCGGGCCAGCGGCUGAAAAGAAUUCCGGAAGACCCGCCCUUGGAGGACGAGCAAGGCUUCGCCGUAGUAAGGAAGAAGAAGAAGAAGAAACAAAAGAAGAUUGUACCACCCCGAUUUCGACUGAUAACAACCAGCUCCCUACGACAUCGGCACCGAAUACGGCGAGUUCUACAGAAUUUCCGGCACUUCCUAAGUUCAAAGCUGUUGUUAUCGAGGGCCAGACUUCAUAUGCUGCAGUCAGGGCCCUUGAGAAAAAAUAUCCUGCUGCAAACCUCACAGCUAGAACCAAAUUUAAGGGGGGAGUUCAUAAUUACUCCCAAGGACCAGAAAGCUGUUGA